AUGAAGCUCUUGGUUGUAAUCGCAACAGUUGUGGUUACGUCAUCAGCCGCACCUCAGGGUUAUAACCUGGGUAGCCCAGGACCAGGUUUCGGUUUUGGAGGUUCAGGUUUUGGAGGAGGAGGCUCAAGCUCAGGUUUUGGAGCAGGUUUAGGCUCAGGUUUUGGAGGAGGUUCGGGCACUGGUUUUGGAGGAGGUUUAGGCCUAGGUUUUGGAGGAGGUUCAGGCUCAAGUUUUAUCUCGGGAAGAUGUGGCCCCGGACAGACACAAACAUUGUGUUCAUCCAAACACCUGAACAAAGGUCCAGGACCAGAACCCAUCGUCAUACCUCCACCACAGACGCGAAGCGUCGUCUAUGUCCUCAACAGACAAACGCCAGAACAACCGGAGGUGAUUGAAGUCCCAGCACCACCAGCAACCAGUCCUGAAGUUUUCUUCGUGAACUACGCUGACGGUGAGAACCCAGUUCUUCCGAGUGGUGUCGAUCUACAGACUGCCUUGAAUGCCGCUUCCCAAGGGGGUGGUCAAGUGAUUGGAGGAGGUACCGGCGGUGGUUUCGGAGGCAGCGCUGGAAGUUUCGGAGCGGGCGCUGGAGGUUUCGGAGGCGGCGCUGGAGGUUUUGGAGGUGGUGCAGGAGGUUUCGGAGGCGGCGCUGGAGGUGGUGCAGGAGGUUUCGGAGGCGGCGCUGGAGGCGGUGGUGUUUUCGGAGGCGGUGGCGGAGGACUCAGCGGAGUCACCGGUUCCGUUUCAUCACCAUCGAGUCUUUAUACAGCACCAUAA